AUUAUUUGAGAAUAUGACCUUCAACAGACAUGUGCAAAGCCACAGACCUCUGGGCGGUCCUGGGUUAAGCUAGAGCCACCAUUGGCACAGGGAAGACAUGGACAGUGAUUGGUAGAUGUGAGAACUGAGGGGAGGGAACUUGGAUGGUUUCCUUAAAGAUAGCAGGGUCUGAGGACUGAGAGGUUGGUUGGAGAGGUUUUGCUCUGAGAAGUUGUGCUCUGAGAAGCUUGCUCUGAAGGAAUCUGGAGGUGGAGGCCCCUGAGACUGUUUCUCCAUUUUGGUCACGUGAGUGAUAGGGACUGAUCUCUUUUCUUUGCCUCAGCUAUCUAAGGGCUUGGGCCUUUUAGCCCAGCCUAAGCAGAGGGGGUAUUUAAGCCCUAUUCCUUCUCUCUCUCUCUCUCUCUCUCUCUCUCUCUCUCUCUCUCUCUCUCUCUCUCUCUCUCUCUCUAAUACCUUUCUUCCUCCUGUUUGUAAUUAAACUCCAUAAAAGGUUGACUGCUGACUUGAGUUUUCAUUAAGGAAUUACAUAGCUGAAUUCCUUGGCGACCUUAAAUUAAUAUAUAUCAGUCUUUUAAAGUGAUUUCCUUGUCACAGGGGGAAGGCAAGGAGACUUCUGUCUCAGAAGGUAUGGUCCUUACCAUCUCACUCUAAGUAGGGAACUGCUGGGAGAGGAAGAGCAGGAUGGUGGAGGAGAUAGCCAGAGUUUCAUUACUUGCUGACUCACUUGUAUCUGAAAAGGAAAGGAGGGACUAAGAAGUGUGACGCAUGUGAAGAUAUUACAGGACAGAAUCAUUUCCCUGCUUUGGGUGGCCCAGUUUGCAUCCCCACCAUGAACUCCUCAAACUACCAAAAAUGGGAGGAAGACAAGGAUAAUCUUGUUUUGGACAAGUCCCAGCAAGUUGAGAGCUCACAAAGCACAGGCUCAUGGAGAAAAUUGCUUCCCAGAGAUCCACCCUCAAAAUCUGCCUUUCUGAUGUUAUCUAUAACUCUACUGCUGUUGAUUCUCCUUAUUGUGACACUGGUCAAGGGCUCAAAGACCUCACAGGAGCUGAAUCAGCUAAAACAGGAAAUGAGAACCAAUGCUUCUUCUCAGACAAAGGAUGUCAAACAGCUAAGAGAGGACAUAGUUGCUGCCAAAAGAAAUGGCUCUACCUUGUGGGCUAGCUUGGGGAGCUCAGAGAAGAAACUGAGUGAGACCCACGCCCGACUGCUCAAUCUAGAAAGCAAACACGAUGAACUCAGCACCCAAAUGACUCAGGCCCUGGCAGAUGCUGGGAAAGACCGACAAGACAUUCGCAGUGAGAUGUUCCGGGCUGUGGCUGCUGUGAAAACUGGGAACAGUUCCUGCUCCCCAUGCCCUGAUUCCUGGUUGGCCUUUGAGGGUUCUUGCUACUUCUUUUCCACCACCAAAGCCCAUUGGGAUAAGUCACAGCAAAACUGUGCUAAGGAGCAGGCGCACCUGGUUAUUGUGAACAACCUUGAGGAACAGACUUUUCUGACCCAGAACACCAAAGGCUUGGGCUACUGGAUUGGACUCACAGCAACUCGUUCCAGAGGCAGGGUUAAUGGAUAUAUAUGGAUUGAUGGCACCAAACUCACUUUCAGCUACUGGAAUGAAGGGGAGCCCAAUGACUCAAGAAAGAAUGAGAACUGCAUCAUGAUACUUUACUCAGGUCGCUGGAACGAUGCACCCUGUGCAAAUCUCAAUGACUACUGGAUCUGUGAGAAGAGGCAGCAGUGUUAAGCUGAGACCUACUGCCCAGGUCUGGUCUGGCCCACAGAAGGGACAAUAAAAAUGUUUCUCUUUUUUAUCUCAAA